AUGAAAUGUACACAUAACCGUCGAUUUAUUUAUGCAAUGAUUACAAAUUUAUAUGAUACAGUAGUCGUUAAAUGUUCAGUUGAAAAGGACAAUGAUAUAAAAUUUGUUUCAUUUGAUAUUGGGGUUAAUGAUAAAUCGACAUUUGAUCUUAUUUGGACGUUUCUUAAAACAUCACCAGAAUCAUUUGGCUGGACCAGAGAUGACAAUUUAAAUAUGUUUCAUUAUAUUGAUAUACUCGGCCGUGGCUCUCAAGCUGUUGUUAUGAAAGUUAAAAUUCUCAAUGAUAAUCAAAUAUAUGCUCUAAAAAUCACAAGAAGUAAUAUUGACGCGGAACAUGGUAUUAUCAAAAGAUUAAACGAAGCAUCUCAUAGUAAAUCAGAAGGCAAUCAAAAUGUUUAUUUUAUAAAAAGCAAAAUUGUUAAUAAUUGUUUGCUUAUUAGUCCAGUUGGUCAAUGUAUUCGACCAAUGAAAUCAUCUCAAUUUCAAUUUUCAGAUAAUGAAGAAUAUCAGUCAUUCAUACAAAUAUUUACCCAAAUAAAGUUUUGUCAUGGGCUGAAUAUUAUUCAUCGCGAUAUACGUAGUGCCAAUAUAAUUCGACAUGAAAAGAAGUUUUAUUUAAUUGAUUAUAUGGCUUGUUCUGAACCAGGCAUGGAAAGUGAUUAUUAUGGUAGUCUAACAACCGCGUCAAAUUCUAUAUUAAAAUGUUUUAUUGGUCGUGAUCAAGGUGAAAUAAUUAAAAUCAAAACAUUUUUUGCUGAUGAUAUAAUUAGCCUAAUUAAAUGUUAUUUAUUAAUCCGUAUGGAUGAUUUACUAAAAAGGCAGUUAACUGCUUAUAUAAACGGUUGGCAGAUGCGCUGCGUAAUUAGUUGGUGGGAAGAUGUAAUUAAUAGUGCUAAUUCGAUUAUCAGAGAUUUGUUAAACAAAUUAGAAAAUGAACGCAAAACACUACAUAUUGAUUCUUUAUAUGAAUUAUUAACACCCACAAUUGAUGAAUUAGCCACAUUACUGUGUUCUUACUGA